AUGACGGCAUAUCCCACUUCGUGGCUCAGCAGCCAUUUAAAUGUUUCACCCCGGUACUGGACCGUGCUCUCGCUCAGCACUGGCCGGGCGUUCUCGGGAUCGCCCACGCUCGCCACCACGCGGUCCUUGGCCUCCUCCGUCAUCCUCUGGGCGCUCCAAACCCAAGACGGGGUCGGCCGACGCUUUCACACGCCUCUAGAGACGGGAGACAGUGUGAGACUGGUGGAUGGUGGUCGCUCCUGUGCUGGGAGAGUGGAGAUUUUUUAUAGACGACAGUGGGGAACAGUGUGUGAUACUCGCUGGGAUAUGAAAAAAGCUGCAGUGGUAUGUAGAGAGCUGGGCUAUGCUGGAAUGAUCUGCUCAGGAGUGAGGCUGGUCGGUGGUCCUCGCUGCUCUGGGAGGGUAGAGGUGCUUCGUGGGAAAACCUGGGCCACAGUGUGUGAUGCUGACUUUGACCAGCAGGAUGCAGAGGUUGUGUGUAGAGAGAUGGGCUGUGGGCCUCCUGUGGAGAUGCUGGGAGCAGCUGCUUUUGGCAGAGGGGAGGGCCAGGUGUGGGCAAAGGAGCUUCAGUGUAGAGGCAACGAAUCUGAUAUUUACUCUUGUCCGACAUCUUCAUUCAAAGACAGUUGCUCUCAUGAUAACGAUGUGGGUCUGUUGUGUGCUGGUAAGAAAUACAUUUAUUUUAAGUAUACACUUUCACAUUUAGAAUAGACUGUCUUCACUCUAUUCAUUCUGUCUCCCACAGACAGUGUGAGACUGGUGGAUGGUAGUACUCACUGUGCUGGGAGAGUAGAAGUUCUUCACAGAGGACAGUGGGGAUCCGUGUGCGAUGAUGACUGGGAUAUGAGAGAUGCUGCAGUGGUGUGUAGAGAGCUGGGCUGUGGGGAGGCUGUAGAUGUACUGGGUAAUUCUCACUUUGGACCAGGAUCAGGACCAAUCUGGAUGGAUGAUAUAGACUGUAGUGGAUCAGAGUCUACACUGAAGAACUGUAGAUCCGCAGGUUGGGGUAAACAUGACUGUAAUCAAACUAAAAAUGCUGGAGUUAUCUGCUCAGGAGUUAGGCUGGCUGGUGGUCCUCGCUGCACUGGGAGAGUGGAGGUACUUCAUGGGAAGACCUGGGCCACUGUGUGUCAUUCUGACUUUGACCAGAAGGAUGCAGAGGUUGUGUGUAGAGAGCUGGGCUGCAACGAAUCUCAGUUUCACCUCUGUCCCUCAUCAUCUACACUUAAACACAACUGCUUUCAUGAGCAUGGCGUGACACUAGUGUGUGGGGACAGUGUAAGGCUGAUGGAUGGUGGUGGUCACUGUUCUGGGAGAGUGGAGGUUCUUCAUAGAGGACAGUGGGGAACAGUGUGUGAUGAUGACUGGGAUAUGAGAGAUGCUGCAGUGGUGUGUAGAGAGCUGGGCUGUGGGGAGGCUGUAGAUGUACUGGGUAGCUCUCACUUUGGACCAGGAUCAGGACCAAUCUGGAUGGAUGAUGUGGACUGUACUGGAUCAGAGUCUACACUGAAGAACUGUACAUCAGCAGGUUGGGGUAAACAUGACUGUAAUCAAACCAAAAAUGCUGGAGUCAUCUGCUCAGAUAACACUUUAGGGGUCAGAUUAGUUGGUGGUCCUCGCUGUUCUGGGAGAGUAGAGGUGCUUCAUGGGAAGAUCUGGGCAACAGUGUGUAUUGAAGACUUUGACCAGCAGGAUGCAGAGGUUGUGUGUAGAGAGAUGGGCUGUGGGCUUCCUGUGGAGGUGCUGGGAGCAGCUGCUUUUGGCAGAGGGGAGGGCCAGGUGUGGACAGAGGAGCUUCAGUGUAGAGGCAACGAAUCCCAGAUUCUCCUCUGUACAAAAUCAUCUACUCUCAAACAUGACUGCUCACAUGACAAUGAUGUGGGACUGGUGUGUGCUGACAUGGUGAGGCUAGCGAAUGGCAGCAGGCCUUGUACUGGGAGAGUGGAGAUUCUUCAUCAAGGACAGUGGCGAACAGUUUGUGAUAAAGGCUGGGAUAUGAGAGAUGCUGCAGUGGUGUGUAGAGAGCUGGGCUGUGGGGAGGCUGUAGAUGCAGUGGGUAAAGCUCACUUUGGACCAGGAUCAGGACCAAUCUGGAUGAAUGAAGUGGCCUGUAGUGGAUCAGAGUCUAUGCUGAAGAACUGUGGUUCAAUUGGAAGGGUUAGUGACUGUCAUCAUGCAGGAGUUAUCUGCUCAGCUUCUGAUGACACCAAGGUAUUUGUACGUUACCACCUGCUCAACAUCCUGAUCCUUGAUGGAAGUGUGAGGCUGGUGGAUGGUGGAAGUCGAUGUGCUGGGAGAGUGGAGGUUCUUCAUAGAGGACAGUGGGGAACAGUGUUGUGUGAUGCUAACUUUGACCAACAGGAUGCAGAGGUUGUUUGUAGAGAGCUAGGAUGUGGGCGUCCUAUGAAGGUGCUGGGAGCAGCUGCUUUUGGCAGAGGGGAGGGUCAGGUGUGGACAGAGGAACUUCAGUGUAGAGGCAACGUUCAUCUCAGGCCUUUCAUGAGGGGCAAGUGCGGUUGUCUGGAGGGAGGGAGUGUGAGGGGCAGGUUGAGGUUUACUUUAUCCAGGACUGGAGGAGAGUUCUCCUGGACUCCUGGAGUGUAUCUGAAGCCUCUGUGCUCCAUGGAACAGCUAUCAAUCACCUGCUCUGCCCACUCCUCCAUCAGGCUGGUUGGAUCUGGGGGAGACUGUGCAGGAAGGCUGGAGGUUUUCCUCAGUGGAUCGUGGGGGACAGUGUGUGAUGACUCAUGGGAUAUUGAGGAUGCCCAGGUGGUGUGCAGGCAGCUGCAGUGUGGAGUGGCCCUCAGUGCCCAUGUACCAGCCUGGUUUGGUCCUGGAACCGGGCCCAUAUGGCUGAAUGAGGUGCAGUGUGAGGGGAACGAGACGUCCCUGUGGAACUGCAGGUAUCAGUCUGGAGGAAAGCAUGACUGCAGACACAAGGAGGAUGUAGGCGUCGUGUGCUCAGAGUUUAAAGAGAUCAGACUCACUGAGGGGUGUAAAGGGAAUCUGGAAGUGUUCUACAAUGGGACCUGGGGGAAUGUGUGUGUGAAUGAGAUGAAUGAAGAAACAGCAAGUUUGAUCUGUCAAGAGCUGAACUGUGGGAAAACAGGCAGGGAGUCUGGGGCCAGAGCAAGAGUGGAAUCAUCUCCUAACUGGCUGGAUCAGGUGAAAUGUAGGAAACAUGAUUCCACUCUAUGGCACUGCCCAUCUGACCCCUGGGGGCACAAUAAGUGUGAUAAUGACAAGGAGGUGGCUCACAUUACCUGUUCAGAAGAGCAGAAACAUUUACAAAAACAUGUGAAAUGCUCUUCAUUUCCCCAUCAAAGCCAGUGCUCAGUUCCGCUGCCUCUCAGGCUGAGUGGACCAGAGGGAAGCUGCUCUGGGAGGCUGGAGGUUUAUCAUAAUGCUGCGUGGGGCUCCAUCUGUGAUGAUCAGUGGGACAUCAGGGAUGCUGAGGUGGUCUGCCGACAGCUGGGCUGUGGGAAGGCACUGAGUGCUAAUGGGAGUGCUGCCUUUGGUGCUGGUGAAGGGGCGAUCUGGUUGAACAGAGUGGAGUGUAGAGGGGAUGAAAUUCACCUGUGGGACUGCAGUUAUUCACUGAAGAACCACACUGACUGCUCCCACAAAGAGGAUGCUGGCAUCAUUUGUGCAGACAUCUCCCUGACCCCUGUGAUUACAAGCAAAGUAACCACCAACUCCAUCUCAGUUGGUAAAUCUGAGAUGACAACCAGUCGACCUCUACCUCAACCAGUUACCUCUUCAGUGGUCCUGCUGGUACUGGGAGUGCUGCUCUUCCUGGCCUUGGUGCUUCUCUCUGGGCUGGUUUACCAGAACAGAGUGCUCAGGAGAGUGCUCUAUAAGAGGAGGCAUAAGACUUUGCCUGAAGUAAUCUAUGAGGAGAUUGACCACAGAAUCACCAGUGGAAAAACUCCCAUCUCUGUUCAAAAGGAAUAUAUCGAUUCAGAGGCUCAGCAUUCUGGUUAUGAAGAUGUUGGUAAAGAGCUUCUCUCAGCAAAAUCUGUCAGUGAAGAAAAGACUGAGUAUUAUGAUGAUGCUGUCACCAGUAGUGGUGAUCUAGGGACAGAAAAUCCACAGGAUAAUUACAAUGACAUCACACAUGGACAGACACCUGAUACUGUAGCAAAGGAUGUCAUGGAGAUCUAUGAUGAUGCUGUUACUGUUGGACCAAACUUGCAUGUUACAACAGCUCUCACUCCAGAGUACUAUGAUGAUGUCAUCUCCCCUGGACAAGAUUCUUUAGGUGGUACAGACUAUGAUAACCUGUAAGACACAGAGGAAAGGCUUCAGUCAGAGAAAACCUCAUGAAUGAGAGUGCUUUUGCUCAGGAAAUGACAU